GCGCCUUCCCCUCCCCGUUUCUGUUCUCAGGACUUUGGGCCUCCAACACAACAGGGAGGGAAUCACACUUGUCUUGGAGCAGGUAUUCGCAGAAGAGCAGAAGAGCAGAGAGGAUGGGGCGGCUGCUGCUCUCCCUGCCCUGGAUGCUGUUGGUAAUGGCAAUGACCUCGUGGUUCAUCGUAGUGGCAGCCAAUGACUCCUCUUUGGAAGCUAGAAGAUGCUCAGAAUGUCACAGCAAUGCCACCUGCAUGAUGGAUGGGGUUGUCACCACAUGCUCCUGCCAGGAGGGCUUCACCGGCGACGGGCUGGUGUGUGAGGAUGUAGACGAGUGUGCCAUUCCCAAGGCGUACAACUGCUCGGCCAACACCAGCUGCGUGAACACACUGGGCUCCUACGAGUGCGUCUGUCCCGAUGGCUUCUACCUGGUGCCCGGGUUGGGCUGCCUUGAUGUGGAUGAGUGCCUGGAGCCACAGGGGACCCUCUGCCACUCCCUGGCCACCUGCGUCAACGUGGAGGGCAACUACUCCUGCGUGUGUCCCCAGGGCUAUGUGGGGGAUGGACGGCACUGUGAGUGUACCCCUGGAUCCUGUGGGCCAGGACUGGACUGCCUGCCCCAGGGUCACGGUGGUGAGCUCGUGUGUGCUGACCCGUGCCAGGCGUACCACACGCUGGAUGAGUACUGGCGCAGUGCUCAGUAUGGCUCUGGCUACUCCUGUGAUACCAAAUUGCAAGGUUGGUACCGUUUCGUGGGCCAGGGUGGCGUCCGCAUGGCAGAGACCUGUGUGCCAGUCCUGCGCUGUAACACGGCCGCGCCCUUGUGGCUCAAUGGCACGCACCCCUCCAGCGACGAGGGCAUCGUGAACCGCACGGCCUGCGCGCACUGGAGCGGCCACUGCUGCCUGUGGAACACAACUGUCCAGGUAAAGGCUUGUGCCAGAGGCUACUACGUCUACAACCUGACAGCGCCCCCUGAGUGCAAUCUGGCGUACUGCACAGAUCCCACCUCGGUGGAGGGGACGUGUGAGGAGUGCGGAAUUGACGAGGACUGCAUAUCAGACAAUGGCAUGUGGCGGUGCCAAUGCAAACAAGACAUCAAUGUCACCGAUGUUUCACUUUUGGAUCAAAGGCUGAUCUGUGAGGCCAAUGACAUCAAGAUGUCCCUGAGCAAAUGCCAGCUACAGAGCCUGGGCUUCAAGAAGGUCUUCAUGUACCUGCGGGACAGCCACUGCUCAGGCUUCAGUGAGAGACGGGAGCAGGACUGGAUGUCUGUGGUGACUCCGACCCGAGAUGGUCCCUGUGGGACAGUGCUGACAAGGAACGAAACCCACGCCACAUACAGCAACACCCUCUACCUCGCCAAUGAGAUUAUCAUCCGUGAUGUUAACAUCAAAAUCAACUUUGCCUGCUCCUACCCGCUGGACAUGAAAGUCAGCCUGAAAACCUCCCUGCAGCCAAUGGUCAGUGUCUUGAACAUCAGUGUGGGUGGGACCGGCAUGUUCACUGUGCGGAUGGCGCUUUUCCAGAGCCCUUCCUACACGCAACCCUACCAAGGCCCCACAGUGGCCCUGUCCACGGAGGCCUUCCUCUACGUGGGUACCAUAUUGGAUGGCGGAGACCUGUCCCGGUUUGCAGUACUGAUGACCAACUGCUAUGCCACCCCCAGCGGCAAUGCCACAGACCCAGUGAAAUACUUCAUCAUCCAGGACAGGUAA